AUGACUUGCCACGCCCCUCCUCCCGAUCUCAUCAGGGGUAGCCUCGCGUCAGGUGAGGGUAUUCUAUCAGUUGGUUUGCCUCGCACCGGCUCGCUUUCCAUGGCCAUGGCGCUCAACACUCUCGGUUACAGCCAUGUCCACCACAUAAUGAAGUUCGUCUCUGACGACGAGUUUCGCAAAUGGGGGAUGGCAGCGCAUGAUCACUUCCCCUACCUGCAAGGCCGUGAUGGGAAGGCAAGACCGUGGCCCAAGGAGAGAUGGGACAGCUGGUUUGGCCAGUAUCAAGGCGUCACCGACGCAGCUGGCUUCCUAGCACCCGAACUGAUCAAGACAUACCCCAACGCCAAGGUCGUCCUAGUCGUGCGCCCGUUUGACAAAUGGAAGAAGUCGAUCGAGGACACGCUCCUAAAGGGCGUAUUCGGGCCACUACCGGCCAUCUGGCAACACGUGCUGGAGCCUCUAGGCCCGACCCCCAACACAAUGUGGGGACUACGCAGUCUACUGUCAGGGUGGCUCGAAGCCAACAGCCUGGCGGAAGCGCGCGCGCGGUGCCGCCACAAGUACGACGAGCAUCAUCGCGUGGUCCGCGCCCUGGUCCGGCCCCAGCAGCUGCUCGAGUACAAGAUGGGCGAUGGCUGGGAGCCCCUGGCCAGGUUUCUCGAAAAGGAUACCCCGGAUGUGCCGUUCCCGCACGUGAAUGAGACGGCUGGCGUGAACCGCCGCUUCACGCUGGGAUUUUUGCGAAGCAUUAGAAUAGCCCUACUCACUGUGCUUCGCGUUGUUAUGCCGCUCGUAUACAUAUGGCUGGGCUACCGACUGGCGAAGCGCGAGGUCACUCCUAUGGCAGUUUUUUCGGGCUUACGGUUAAACCUUUGGUAG